GUAAUCUGUCGGGACGGUUCGUUGGUACGGUUUUCCAGCUAGUUAGGCGCGUAAAGGCUCAGGGUAGUCGUCGACGGACCGUGUGAAUCGAUGUAUUAUACAACUUGCGUGAAAAACCGCCUACGUGCUUGCAUGUGAACGCGCCUGCAAUUUUUAUGUUGCUGAAAAUUCAAUCGUAUGGUUUUUAAUAUGCGCCAGAGUUCGGUCCUUUAAUAUUUAUUAAUCGCAUUGACGGAAAAAACAUGUCGAAACCCGGUGACAAACAAACUUAUGCGCAGACAUACAAGCUCGUUGUCGUGGGUGGGGGUGGCGUUGGAAAAUCUGCGAUCACGAUACAAUUCAUUCGAAGUUAUUUUGUAAUCGAUUAUGAUCCAACUAUAGAAGAUUCCUAUACGAAGCAAUGCGUUAUAGACGAUACUCCUGCGAAACUCGACAUAUUGGACACAGCGGGCCAGGAAGAAUUCAGUGCGAUGCGAGAGCAGUACAUGAGAAGUGGCGAAGGUUUCCUUCUUGUGUUUUCAGUAACGGAUCAUUCGUCUUUCGAUGAAAUGUUGAAGUUUCAUAGGCAGAUUCUCAGAGUAAAAGAUCGUGACGAAUUCCCAAUGCUUAUGGUUGGCAACAAGGCCGAUUUGGAUCAUCAGAGAAUCGUAUCUGUCGAAGAGGCUCAGAACAUGGCUCGUCAGUUAAAAAUUCCCUACAUCGAAUGCAGCGCAAAGUUAAGAAUGAAUGUUGAUCAAGCUUUCCAUGAAUUAGUGAGAAUUGUUAGGAAGUUUCAGUUGUCGGAAAGGCCACUGUUGAAACAAAAUUAUAAAAAGAACAAAAAGAAAUGUUGCAUGUUGUAAUUGCUAAUCGACGAAUUAAAUCAAACUGGAAUUUUAACCACAAAGAAAAUUGCUAACAGUUUGAUAUCUGUUGUAAGAUGCAACGAACGUUCGGAAUUUUGAGUCGAUAAGUUUGUUCGAAUAUGUAUUGUUGAUGUAAGGAAUAUUGUGAGAAGGUAUUAAUUUUUUAUUACGUACUUAUACAUAAACUAGCAUUGGACAUUUAACUUUCUACAAAGAUGAAGCCAACAUUGGUUUAUUGGAAUUUUUUCCAACGCGUUUUACAGAAUUUGAUAAUAUUUUUCUAAUGAAAUAUGGUGCGUAUUAAAUAUAAGAUCAUUCAUUUUACUAUUUGUUCGAGAUAAGAUUGAUAAACACUCAAGAAAAAUUACUUUGGACUUUUUACAAUCGAAGUUCGAUAUUUUGGAUACAAUAUAUAUACCUCUUAUAGAUAGUUACUUGUACCUCUUCGAUCAUUUAUUCCUUAAUUUAAGAAUAUAUAUAUAUUUUUUGUAACAUAGUCCCGCCUACGUUAAUUAAUAAUACGAUGUAAAGAUAAUUGGCUAAUAAUCAUUUAGUAGCGAAUGAUAAAUAAUUCGUUGAUUUAUAUAUCGCGUAGAAAGGCAAAUUUCAACUUAAAUCGCGUUCGUGAAAUGACGAAGUAUGUUUUAUUAUCUUUUUCUAUGUGGUACACGCCAAAUCGAUCUAAUUUAUUGUUAAAAUUGUAGUUAAAAUUAUAGAGUGGCCCCUAGGACAAACCAUCUACAUAAUUUUCUCAUUUUUGGCGACAGGAGAAAGAAAGAAAAUGUUGUUUCGUUUGAAGAGGGAAAUUAUCUUCAAGGCAAUAUAUUUUUUAUAUUUCAAGGUCACAUUCUAGAUUUCAAGGUCAUCAAUUUUUUUUUAAUGAAAGAUGUUUUUACGUUUGGAUUUUUUAUACUCAUAGUCAUUUUAUUCGUAAUAUCAAAUAACUAUAAAUAUCAAAGAAAAAAGAAUGACUUUGAGAAAAAUACUUAUGAUAAUAUUUUUCUCUAUUUCUUCCUACCAACAAAAAUAGCGGAUAUAUGUAAUGUUUUCGAGUAUUGAAUCUUUCAUACUCAAGGUCACGUUAUUCACAUUAUCGAAAGGCCUUGAAAUUAUGGAAAUUGUGACCUUGACAAAAAUUGGUCUAAGAUUGAUUUAACAACGGUUUUUUAUUGCCAAAAAUAGGCAAAAUUAUUCAAAUGGACCUAAUAUAUUAGUUUUCGUUUUAUUUCUUAACGACAUAUAACAUUUUAGUGUUUGUGAAUAUAAUUAAUUAGCCUAAUUACCAACAACAAAUACAUAACAUUUAAAAUGUCGAUAUACGUUACGCUUAAGGAACUUGUAAUUUAUACGAAACGCUGGAAUCAAAUUUAUAUUUAGGAUAAUAGAUAAUGAUAAUAAUAAAAAUGAAUAACACACAGUUUUGAAUAAUUAUUGUAAAACUUUGUACUAGAAUUUACAUGACAAAAAUUUUGUUUCGCAUCUUAUAUAUACUACUUCCAUUUUCAUUUGAACAAUUACAGGAUUAGCGCACAUUAUUACGAAAUGCAAUUAACUUUUUAUAACAUUAACUUUCGCAAUACUCGAUUCGAGAGUGAUAAAUAAUUCUAGAACGAUAAUAUAUUUAUUUUAUAUUUUCUAUAUCGUUUUAAAGUCAACACCUAAUACAAAACGAAUACGUUAACAAAUUAUCAAAUAUUAAUUUAUAAAAAUCGUUGUCGAGUAAUUAUCGGAUAAUGUUUAUAAGUUAUUCAUUAUUUCGUACAAGGUUAUGAACUAAAUAAAGGAUUGUUACAGUACUUUUUAUAAAUAUACUAAUUUAAAAAAAAAAAGAAUGCUUCGGAUAUGUACAAUAAAAAUACAAAAUAUAUCGAAACUGGUUAUUCGAUUACUUAGUCACUACAAUUACGUUUGUGAAUUGCAUAGUAUGAAAACUGCGUUUAUGAAUCGUGUAAGCUGAAAUGUAAGAAAUAAAAAAACAAUAUUUUACUAGAAUUUAUAUUUUUAAUACAAAUACAUUUUAAUGUAUAUAUUGGAUAAAAGUAACUAUUUUUCAUUAAAAUCUAACUUUAUCAACGAAUAUUUAUUUUCUUAUAAACAAAGUAUAAAAUUAUUCAAUUAUUUGAACUAAUUAAACUAGGGAUAAUAACAAUUGUAACGAAAAACAAUUGUAAAAGAAAAUUUACAAUUGUUUCAUUAUUUAAAAUUGUACGUUC